AUGGAGCACUUUAUCGAGGCCGUGCGCCGCUACCCCUGCCUCUGGGACACCGCCGCGCCCGAGUACCGCGAUCAGGAGCUGAAGGACGCCGCCUGGGGGGACCUCGUCAAGGAGACCGACCUCACUUCUGUAAAAGAAGUAAAGCUCAAGUGGAAGAAGCUGCGUGACAGCUACCGCGAUGCCCUGAAGCGUCAGAGCGAAGUCGCGGCGGGCGGCAAGCGUGGCAGCGCCUGGAAGUACACCCACCUCAUGCACUUCCUGCAGCCGCACAUGAACGCCCGCAAAAAGCCGCCAUUCCCGCAGGCGGCACCGCGCGAGCCCAGCGCCGAGGUCGGCGAGGGUGAGCGCGUCAACGGUCACGAGGGGAGCGAAGACAGCUGCUCGUCGCGGUCGUCGACGCCCAGGCGGCGGCGCACCCGCCCCGCGUCCGUCAAGCGGCCUCUGUCACCGCGACACCUCGAGCUGCCAGACCCGCUUGACAUCUUUUUCAACAGCAUGUGCCAGUCCACCAAACGGCUCCCGUACCCGGCGCAAAUAAAGAUUAAAAAAGCGUUAUUCGCGGCUGUGAUAGAAGCGGAGGAGGGGCUGCUGGCGGAACAGCAGAACUAUGCGGCCUUGUGGGCGCGCGGAGCCGCUUCCACCUCGGGCAGCGAGCCCGCCGGGCAGCACGACGACGUCAAACCUUACCCGUGA